AUUGGUCUUCACCAUCAUAUUCAGCGCUAGUAUUGUAUUACUUCGGCUGCAUAUGAGACGGAAUAAUAAGUCCGGACAUACCGUCGCGUCUAGUAAUCUUAAGGACUUAGCAACAUCUCCACUGUAUUGCGACCCAAAAGACAUCAACUCAUCCCGAUCCUCAUCAGCCAAUGAUCCCGAUUAUGCAGUCCCUGAAUACGCUGUUCCCGAUGUGACCGUCACUGUGCCGGUGAUCAGCAAUAACAACAACACCAACACUACUAACACUAUAAUACAAACCGCAUAUGAAUUCAGUCCAAAACCAUUGCCACAAAUCAAUCAACUCAUGAGCCAAAGGUAUUACGCGUCCACUGAUGUCAUCAAAUCACCGAAAAUCCAGACAAAUAGCCUUAUAAUGAAGAAAAAGUACAGUAAUGGUACUGACAAUGAUAUGAAGUCCUUUAAAUACUCAAAUGGUGUGAACGACGCGAUCGUUGACCUGAAAUGCAUUCCUCAGAUCAGCGAAGAAGAGAUCCAAUUGAUUGGUCCGCCAUUUGGUUCAUCAAAAUUUGGCGAAAUAUCGAUCGGAAAAUACAAAUAUAAGAUGAGAUCGCAGGCCAGCGAUGGAGAGGUAGUCGACGAAACACUCGUCGUAUUGAAGGCAUUGAGGACCGAGAAGUUAAGAAAUGAGUUUUACCACGAAAUGAAGUCUAAAUGGUUUAUAUCCGCCAAAAGCGAACGAAUCGCUAAACUCUUCGGUUAUGUCACGACAUCUGAUUACACGGCAAUGGUUUUGGAGGUCGGAGACUGUGAUCUGAACCACUUCUUGAGGAACUGUGAUAUCAAUCAAAUCGGUACUCAACUCACACAAAUAGAGUAUUAG